CCUUCACCCCCCAACUGGGGAAUCCCUUUGGGAACUCCCCACUGGCCUCAAUCUGUACUCCCAAGACUAGAUUGGACUCCAGCAUCAUGGCUUCCAGCCCCCUGCCCAACCCAUUGGGUUUCUACUCCCCUCCCAGGGCUGGGAGAGAACCCAGGCAUCCUGGCUCAUAUACACAGUGCUGUGUGUGUGGCCUCGUGAUGUGUUGUGUAUCAUGGGAUUACUGCCUGUUGCAUUGUGUGCUGCCUUGCAGUGUGUUUGUGUCAAUCCCACAUGGCACUUUGUACUGUAUUCCAGGACCUGCCUGAAUGCUGUUGUGUAAUUUGUGUUGUUGUGUUUCUGCUCUCUGGAAUGGGGCAGGAUGAUGAUUCACUUUGUGUACUCAGUGUGAGUAUGAGACGUGGGUUGUGGAUGUGCUCCACUGGGCAUGAGUUCAUUCCAUGUGAGGUUGCAGUCUUGUUGUGAAAGAUUGUGUUUAUUCCACACUUUGUGGGAGUGCAUCAUUGCAGGGCGGUGUGAUGCCUGUGUUAUUACACAAUGGAUGUUGUUUUGGGUUGUAUAGUUGGACUGUACUUUCAGGCUGCUGGUAUGUGUGUGUUGGGCUGCGUGGGGAACUACAUAUGUGUUGGUACUGUGCUGUGUGGGGAACUGCUGUGGAGUUGUGCUGCACUGUGCUGUAUAAGGUGUUACUGUCCAAUUGUAUGCGUGCCAGCACUGUUGUGCAUGCUCCUGUGGAGUUGUAGUUUACCAUGUAGGAUUGUGUACAUGCUGGGGUUGUUACUGCAGGGUUGUGUUGAGGGGUGCCGAGCCAUAUGUGUAUGGGUGUCAAGAGGUGUGUGGUGCUACAGUGUAGUUAUAUGCCAGUGUUGUGUUGUGUUGUUUUGUGUGUGUUAUGUGUACUCUGCUGUGUGUGUUGCACUAUCUAGGGCUGUGUAUGCGUCCAUAUAGGCGUUGUGCUGCUCUAUGGCACUGUGUAUGUGCUGGGGUUGCAUGGUGCUGUUGUGGAUGCUAUGCUGCUGUAAGGUUGUGCUGGGCUGUGUGGGGUGGUGUUGUGUUGUUCUAUGUGGGUUGUAUGGUGUUGUGAGGUUGUGUCCCAUUGUGUUGUAGGGUUGCAUUGCGUUGCACGGUGCCAUAUGGUGCUGCAUUGUGGGCGUUGUGUGGAGUGGGUAUGUGCUGAGAUUGUGUUGCUGUAAGUGUGCAUUGUGUGGUGUUGUCCUGGGCUUGGGCCGUGCGAUGUGGGGCUGUAUACCUGUCAGAGUUGUGUGUUGUUGUGGAGUUGUGCCAUGCUGUGGGUCUGUGUGGAGGGUGUUGUGUGGGGCUAUGUGCUGAUGUUGUGUCGUGUAGUGGGUGGUAUAUUGUCUUGUGGGGUGGGGAUGUCAGGGUUGUGUGCUGUGGUGUUGCUGUGGGGUUGUGCGGUGAGGCGCGCUGCCGUGAGGCGGGGCAGAGGCUGGGCCGUUGCUAUGGAGACCGCGCUGUUGUCCCCCCUCCGCCCGGGGCCGUGUGUGACUCCUUUCGUGACGUCGCGCCUGACGUCACCCGGCUCUAUAUGUGCGGGCCGGGCCGGGCCGGCGGGCACCGACCCUUCUGCAGGCACCGAGUACAGACGCAGUAUGGAGCACCUGGAGCCCGGCCCGCGCCCGCGCCCUCGUCCCGCCGCCUGCUGCUGGAGCGCCGUGGCCACCGGCUGAGCCCCGACCAAGAGAGCCGUCAUGACCCCCAACUCAACUGUUGUGACCUGCAACGCAACCCUUCCAUUCGUCAACCACUGCCCCACAGUGACCCACUGUGCCCAGAUGGUCCACGAUGCCUUCCCGGACCCAGGUAGCCUCUCGUGCAGACCCACCGUGGCUGGCAGGCUCACCAUGACAGCUAAAGUCCUCCUGUGCCUGCUGAAAAGGUGGCUGAGUGCCUGGCAUCUGUUCCCUGCUACCAUGAGGAUGAUGAGGAAAACGAAGGAGAGCUUCCUUCCUGCCUGCUCUGGGCCAACAGGCAGGGAGGGGAGGUUACAAAGGCCCCCUGCUCUGGAUCCCACCUCUGGAAAGGGACAGAAGCUCUGGGAAAACCUGGAGAAAUGUGAUGAUACUCCGGGAGCUGCCCUUAGCUGCCAGGAGACAGACAAACAUCUGGAGAACAGUGGAGAAGGCACUGUGCCAGGCAGAGAAGAAGCCACCAGCUUCCAGGAGAUGAAUAAACAUCUGGAAGAUGCCGGAGAAGGCAGUAUGCUGGCCAGAGAAGAAGCCACUGGCUUCCAGGAGACAGACAAACAUUUGGAGAGGUUGGAAGAUUCUAGAGAAGUCCAGAAGCAACUUCUGGAAAAUCCCCAGCAUUCCCAGGAAGAUGGGGAACAUCCUGGGAUGGGUGGGGCAUCCAAAGAGGCCCUCAAGGGUGGUGAAGGAGAUGCCACCAUCUCCUUGCUGAAUGGAACAAAGGAUAAGGAACCCAUCGCCAAGAGCUCGCUGGUCCUCUCCUUGUUCUACUGCCCCUCAGAGGAGGAUGAUGGGGAGGAAGAAGAUGGAGGGAGUGACUCAGGUUGGAGUGACACAGAGGAGGAAGAGGAAGCUGACUCAGAAAAUGAGGAGCUGUGGAGAUCUCUGAGCUGUGGGCAUGACCCCUCCAACCCUCUCCGCUGUUCCACAAGCAGCAGGGGCCCCAAGGCAGCUCCAGACUCCUGCUGGCCACAGAACCAGGACCAGGUCUCCCACCUAGGCAUGGCACACAGCUUGGAGGCUGGGACAGCCUGUGCCUUCCAGAGCCCCUGGCCUAUGAGAAGAUGGGAGAGCCUCCGCAAGGUGGCCCCUCACUAUUGUGAGCCAGGAUCUAGGAGAGCUGAGGACCCAGUGAUGACUGAGACAGCAUGUGACCAGGAGGGCAACCGGGCUGCCAAGAAGGUUCGCUUCUGCCCUGUAGUUACAGUGCACCCUCUGAUAGUCUGGGACUUCGCUAGCCGCGCCGCCCGCUGUGGGCCUUGGGAAGAGCUGGCCCGGGAUCGGUGCCGCUUCCGCCAACGCAUCGAACAGGCAGAAGUUGUCUUAGGGCCCUGCCUGGAGCCAGGACACCGUGCCAAAGCCUGGAGGAGGAUCCAUAAGGCCACUGAGAACCCAGGCAUCCAGGAGAACCAAGCUAUAUCCUUUCCAUCCUGCUCCACUGCAACAGAGAAUCCAGGCAUGUGGGACCAGCAGGCCACGUCCCUUCCACUCUGCUCCACAGGAAGAGAGAACCCAGGUAUUCAGGAGGGGAGAACAGGGAGGUGCCCAUCCCUCUCGUCUGGAGAAGAGGACCUAGGCAUCCGGAACAGUAGACUGGGAUAGGACACACAUUCCCCUCCCCACCUUGUGGGGUCCAUUCCCCUAGCAACUGAUUCUCCAACCCAACUUUUCCACAACUGACUCCAUCUCCUUCGAGGAGCCAGGACUCCUGGGUCCUGCCUCACCCCUCCAAUACACAAGGCAGGAUCCAGACACCUACCUCAACAGAGCAGAUAGCUACAAGACAGAAUACUGAGCUGGAUCCAGCCUGGCAUUAUAAACAGCUGUUCUCAGUGGCACUGCCCAGCUGCAGUUGCAUCUGAACCAGAUAAGCUCCAAUUGUGCAUGCAUGUGUGUGUGUGUGAAGAUAUUUCUGAGCCCUUGGGUUCAUCCCAGCUGCUCACCCCCAGAGGGAACUGGACAAAAAGAAUUUUGAUAAAUGUGUGAAAAUGACCCACUUUAAAGGGUUGGGUUUUUUUACUUGUAUUUAUUUGUCCAAAGCACUGACCUGCUGCUUAGAUAUUAUAUCUCAUGUUUCUACUGCUCCAGACCUGGUGAAUAAAAAGCUCCUAUUUCAA